AUGAAGCCCCGGGACGGGCCGGGCUCCGGCUCGGGCUCGGGCUCCGGUUCGGGGUCCGGCUCCGGGUCGGGAUCCGGGUCCGGGUCCGGGCUGGAGCCGCCCAGCUACGCCGGGGAGCGGAGCCGGGGCCGGGCCCGCCUGCUGCUCAGCGCCCGCCAGCACCAGCGCUGGGUCCGCGUCGCCACCGUCUGCGCCUAUUUCCUGUGCGUGUCCCUGGCGGCCGUCCUGCUGGUCAUCUACUACGGCUUCGUCUGGGAGCCCAGGCCCCCCGCCCCCAGCCCCUCCCCCGCAGGAGGAGGCCCCGCAGGAGGAGGCCCCGCACCAGGCCCCGCACCGCUCGGCGCCGCCGGACCCUGCCACCCAGCCUGCGGCCCGGACCCGGACCCGGCCCCGGCCCCGGAGCCCGGCCAGGACCCCGGCCCGGCCCCCGGCCCCGAGGGGAGCCGCAGCGGCGGGAGAGGAGCGUCCGGCCGCGGCCCGCGAGGCCCAGGAGUGAGGGGGCCCGCGCUGCGGCCCCGGGACCGGGGGACGUUAUGACAUCCUCCCCCCCACCCCACCCCGGAUUGGGUGCGUCUCCCCGGGACUGGAUGGCCCUCCUCUGCACCCCCAUCCCCGGACCGGGGACCACCCCUCUCGGCGUUGCCCCGGGAUUAAGGGCCCCCUCUGUGACCCCAGAGGAAUGGAGACCCAUCACCGGAUUGGAUGCCCCACUACCCUGUCCCCCCCCCCCCCCCCCGCCAAGAUU